AGAGGGCAAUGCGGCGGGGGAGACGGGGCAGGCCCCACCUCCUUUGUCCGCCCUGCCCUCCCAUUGGCCGGGGCCGGGGGCAGGGGGCGGAGACCAGCCAGGGGGCAGAGACCAGCCCGCGAGCCAAGCGGUGCGGCUCUCUCAGGGCGAAGGCUGCACGCGCUCGGCGGGGCCGGUGCGCUGCACUGAAGUCCAGCUCGGGCUGCCAGCCCCCAGCCCGCCGGUGCCAUGGACGGCCUGCGUCAGCGCUUCGAGCGCCUUCUGGAACAGAGGAACUUGGCCACGGAAGCACUAGGGGCGCUCGAAGCAAAGACCGGUGUCGACAAGCGGUACUUAGCCGCGGGAGCCAUCACUCUGCUAAGCCUGUAUCUUCUGUUCGGUUACGGGGCAUCUCUACUGUGCAAUCUCAUCGGCUUUGUGUACCCCGCAUAUGCUUCGAUCAAAGCAAUCGAGAGUCCAAGCAAGGAGGACGACACUGUAUGGCUCACCUACUGGGUAGUGUACAGCCUAUUCGGGCUUGCCGAAUUCUUCAGCGAUCUACUCCUGUCCUGGUUCCCUUUCUACUACGUGGGCAAGUGCGCCUUCCUGUUGUUCUGCAUGAUUCCCGGGCCGUGGAACGGGGCUCGCAUGUUGUAUCGCCGCGUCAUACGUCCGCUGUUUCUAAAACAUCACGAGGCCGUGGACAGCAUUAUGAGAGACCUCAGCGGGCGAGCCCUGGACGUGGCAGCAGGAAUAACCCGGGACGCCUUCAUCCCACUCUCCAGCAGUUGAGCACAACCCCAGGGCCUGAGAGCCUGGCCAGAUCUACCUCACCCCAAGGCUCUUUCUCUGCAGCCAAAGUAAGCGUAACCCAGCUCCAGCAGGACAAGUGAAGUCCCUGCCCAGCCCUCGAGCAGGCCUGCUGAACAGACAACUAAAAGGCACAUUGCAUCCCAAGUCCUCCACGGAUCCCUCGACUAACUCUGCAGCACAGACCGCCACUGUUCCGUCAGCUCCUGGGAGCACCUCACGUACCACCUUGGGCCAGUCCCGGGCCACAGGUGCUGCCAGUGGCUCCAAGCUGCCUGGCAAGUCCCAGGCCCAGCCUGGGUUAAAAGCCAAUUCCUCCAGCCAGCCCCAGGCCCCUGGCCAGCAGCACUCCCGGCCAUCUGUCUCUUCCUUGGGGCCCUCCCAGCCAGCCCACCGAUUAUCAGGCUCCUCAAAGCGAUUAUCAGUCUCCUCAAAGCGAUCACCAGGCUCCUCGCAGCGAUCACCAGGCUCCCCGCAGCAAUCACCAGGCUCCUCGCAGCAGCCCAGCACCCCCUCCAGUCAGGGCACCCCCACUGUGCCGUGUCCCAGUGGUACCAACAUCUCCAUGCAGCUCCCCCAAAAGACCUCCAAUGGACCAGAGGAGCUGGCCCCCAAGGCCUCCAAGUCUAGCGAUCAUCAGCAGAAAGGGUCCCCAACGCAAGCCCCAACCAGCACCUCCGUUCCUGAGCUUCCUGUCGCCUGCCAAUCUGAGUCCUCUCUGGAUUUCACCUCAGAGUCCACCACUGAAGUCACCUGCAGCUGGCCCCACCACUGCCCCUGGCUCCAGUACCUACACUGCUGGCGGAUGAAACACCUGGCCUGCUAGGGGAGGGCUCAAUAAAGCACAUCUGGCCAA